GCCCAUCACCACGCCCACCUCCACAAUCAACAAAGUCUGCGCCUCGGGCAUGAAGUCCAUCAUGUUGGCCGCUCAGAAUCUGAUGUGUGGACACCAGGAAGUGAUGGUCGCUGGUGGCAUGGAGAGUAUGUCGAACGUGCCGUAUUACCUGAAGAGGGGGACAACUCCGUACGGAGGCGUGAAUGUUGUGGACGGGAUUUUGUAUGAUGCACUCACGGAUGUUUACAACCAUUGCCACAUGGGCAACUGUGCGGAGAACACGGCAAAGAAGAUGAACAUCGGGCGGGAGGCACAGGACGAGUACGCCAUUCGCAGCUACACGCUGAGCAAGCAGGCCGCGGAGGCUGGGGUGUUCGACAAGGAGAUUGUACCCGUGGAGAUCCCGCAGAAGAAAGGUUUUGCGGAUGCUGCCAUUGACCCGAUCGACUUCCCCACAGCUCCAGCCCACGCUAUCCCCAAGAUGCUGAAACGCCACAACCUGUCAGUGGACGACAUUGCCAUGUGGGAGAUCAACGAGGCCUUCAGCGUGGUGGUCCUGGCCAACAUCGAGAUGCUGGGCUGUGACCCCGACAAGGUCAACGUCAACGGUGGAGCUGUCAGCAUCGGACAUCCCAUCGGAAUGUCGGGAGCUCGCAUCACGGGUCACAUGGCUCACAACCUCAAGCCCGGACAGUUUGGAGUCGGUGGAAUCUGCAACGGAGGGGGCGGAGCUUCGGCCAUCAUCAUUGAGAAGUUGUAACUGGUCACCACAGGGGUUUUUGUUUUUCUUGAGAAAUUCUCAGCGAUUGCACGUGUGAGGUUUUUUCUCGAGAAAUUGAAUCUUUACAGAUGGAUGGGCAGAUUUUCUCAAGAAAUUAUAACUUGGAAAAGCGUGUUAUUAUUUUUCGUGAGAAAUUGUCUUUACAGGACAAGUAAAGAUAUUUUUGUCUUGAAAAAUUGAAUUGCAGCUGGAGAAGGAUUUUUUUCUCCUCAAAAACUCAAAUCUUUCCAUGAGAGUUUUUUUUUGUUGAGAACUUGGAAUCUUUUCAUGCAGUUGUUUUUUCUAGAGAAAUUGAAUUUUCACUUGUGAGAUUUUUUCUUCCAAAUUGAAUUUUCACUUGUUAGGGUUCUUUUUUUUUUUUUAGAAAGCUUAUUUAAACAUGUCAGGUUAAUUUCUUGAGGAACUGGGCUUUGACCUGUCUGGUCAUUCCUCAAGAAACUGAGGUUUGUCAAAAGCAUCUGCUGGACUGGUCUUCCCUGCUAUGGUAUUAUGCCCCUUUACAGAGUGGCUCAGUCCUCAGGAGGAGUCAUAUAUUCUCCACAUUAAUUGUUUGUAAUUAUUCAGACAGUUUGUUAUGUCGCAGGCAGUUUGUCGAUUAGCUCGCACAACUCCCAAGUCUGCGGAGCGUUCACACAUUUGUAGACAGUUUGGCAGCUCUUGUAAGCUCGGAAUGUUUUUAAAUUGCGUUGCCUGAUCUGUUCUCGUUGUUCACAACCUAUGUAAAAAUGCUCAAUAUGGUGGUCUGAUUAUCAUGUAAGAGUGUUUUUCUAAUUGGUAGAAAAAAUAUUUUGAUUGCAGUUUAUCCAACAUUUGCCCGGCUAAAGAAAAUUAUAGUAACUUUCUUUUUCCCAUUGCUUGUGAAUAGUCAGCCAUCGAAAACCAAAACAGUUCUGUCUUCAAGAAUGAUGUCAUGAAUUGGUAAAGGAACUUUUUGAUGCUGACUGAGUAUAUUUUCUCAGACACUUGGCAUUUGUUGUGACUUUGUGCCAUUUUUUAUUUCAAAUCCACGUUCAGUCUUUGAUGAACUAUAUUUUUACAUAAAGUUGAUCACAGUUAAAAUAUGUGCAUUAUGUUGAAGCCCAAUACUUUUCUCUUCACAUGAGCUAAAGACUUCAUGAACAACUUGUUAUCAGAGUUUGUGGUUUGUGUAGUACGUAUCAGUGUGAAGAGAGAGAAAAAUGUGUAUCUGAAAUAAAACUUAUUAAAACUGAGGAAAAGGA